GACAGACAGACAGAUAGAUAGUUUUCGUCUAAUUGUUCUGCUGUUGUUUUAACCAUAGCUAAAUCUCACUGUUAAUUUGAAUAUGUGUAGAUAUUUUUGGUGGAAUACAGACAUAAAAAAAACGUACAAAACGAUUUUUGCAAAUAUUAUUCCCCAUGAGAACAUUGCAGAGCAGACUAUAUGUAGCCGGUGAGAGUGAGACCCUCUGUCUGGACUGUCUGCAGUCGAGAUGGAGGGAAGUUUUAAAGAGGAGGAUUUCCGACGCCAUUGUGACGUCAGCAGCGCCUCUUUAUUCACCGCCGACCGCAGCAGCCGCAACAAAUGAACAUCCCUGGAUCAUUUAAUACUUUGUAACUGCGUUGAAACUUUGAGCAUGCGUCUCCGGAAAGCGUUUUUGUUCCGCGAAAGCCUGAGAAAACAAACUCAGCAUCUUGCAGGAAGUGAGAAAGUUUUUGGAUUAAAGUUAGUCGUCGCAGACUAACAAAGCCAGCCGGAGAAAGUUACUCGUGCUGGACUACAGCGUGAUAUCGCCUGGCCUGGAAAACUGUUUGUCAACAUGUCUGUCCAGUCCUGGGUACCCAGCAGCCUCCCAUAAUGAACAGCUCUAAGAAUGGGACAGCGGUGGCCAACUCCACUAACGGCCUGGAUGACGAUGGGCUCAUGGUCCUGGAGUCUGUCUCUAUCAUCAUCAUAGCAAUACUGGCAUGUCUGGGGAAUCUGGUCAUUGUGGUGACCCUAUAUAAGAAGCCCUACUUACUGACACCCAGUAACAAGUUUGUCUUCAGCCUGACUUUGUCCAAUUUGCUGCUGUCUGUCCUAACGCUGCCCUUCGUUGCGGCCAGCUCGGUGCGUCGGGAUUGGAUGUUUGGAGUGGUUUGGUGUAACUUCACAGCACUGCUCCAUCUACUCGUCAGCUCAUCCAGCAUGCUUACACUAGGAGCCAUUGCCAUUGACAGGUACUACGCCGUUUUAUAUCCCAUGAUCUACCCCAUGAAAAUCACGGGAAACCGAGCUGUGGUCGUCAUCGUUUAUGUGUGGCUCCACUCCCUGGUCGGAUGCCUGCCGCCACUUUUCGGUUGGUCCGCCUUUGAGUUUGACCGCUUCAAGUGGACCUGUACAGUGGCUUGGCACGAGGAGAUCAGCUAUACUGCCUUCUGGGUUACGUGGUGCUGCCUUCUGCCACUGGCGGCCAUGCUGAUCUGCUAUGGCGUCAUCUUCCGCGUGGCCCGCAUCAAAGCUCGCAAGGUUUACUGCGGAAGUGUGGUGGUGCCUCAAGAGGAGUCCAGUUCUCAGAAGAAUGGUCGCAAGAACUCCAAUACUUCCACAUCUUCUAGUGGAAGCCGCAAGAGCCUGGUCUACUCUGGGAGCCAAUGCAAGGCCUUCGUCACCAUUCUGGUGGUUCUGGGGACAUUUCUGACCACUUGGGGUCCAUAUGUGGUAGUUAUCAGCACUGAAGCACUGUGGGGUAAAGACAGUGUUUCUUCACAGAUGGAGACACUGGUCUCCUGGCUGUCCUUCACCAGUGCCGUGUGUCAUCCACUUAUUUAUGGGCUGUGGAAUAAGACCGUACGUAAGGAGCUGUUGGGCAUGUGCUUUGGCGACCGCUACUACAGAGAGUCUUUUGUUAUACGGCACCGGACCUCUCGUCUUUUUAGCAUCUCUAACCGGAUAACGGAUUUGGGAAUGUCUCCUCACCUGACAGCCAUGUUAGUGGGCGGUGGACCGCUCCUGGGCCGUGGAAGCAGCACGGGAGACACUGGCUUCAGCUACACCCAGGACUCAGCUACAGACGUCAUGCUGUUGGACGGCUACACCUCAGAGCCCUCCCACUCAGCCCACUGUGCUGCCAAUAAGAGGAGAAGUUCUGUCACAUUCGAGGACCAAGUGGAUCAGAUGCCUAAAGGUGACCCCUUGGUAGUCCAAGUGACGGCAGACAUCCAUAAGUCUUUGGACAGCUUUGCGUCUUCUCUGGCUAAGGCUAUAGAGAACGAUGCCAAGCUUCAACUCUUUGGGGAAUGGACUCAAAUUCCAACAAGUCUGUUCACAGUACGAAACACACAGAGAACUCCCCGUUACCUGGAUGGACAGAGACUCAGGAUGGAAAGCAUCGAUGAAGGAAUAGUUAAAGAUGAUGAUGAUGAUGAAGAGCAAGAGGAAAAAGUAGGUGACACUUCCAUGUAGUUCUUUGACUCGGUAAAUGGACCAGAUUGUGUAAUCUGUAGCUUUUAAAGGUACAAGGAACGCUUAAGAUAAAUGUUUACAGAUAUACAGUGAUUUAUGUGUAGUUUACAUACUAGAUCUGUCACUCACCAGAAUAAGUUAUGUUUUUGUAACAUAAAAGUUAUUGUAAAAUCACGUCCAGCCCUCAUAUAUUGCCUCAUAUAUUUUGCCUGUGUUGGGUACUGUGUAUUAUGUUUACUCUUUUCUUAUAAGGAAACUGUAAGCACUCAUGCCCUGACUGUUUGUAAGAAUGAUUAUCCUACAGCUCACUGUUUUAAGUUCAGGUCUAUUAAUAUAUUCUAUUAUUAUAAGUGCCACCAGGUUUAUAGAAAAUAUACCAAAUGUCUUUGGGGUUAUAUUGAUGUGGCCAAAAAAAUACCCU